AUGAAUAUCGACGAGACAGUCACCAACAUCCAACGCAAGAUCGACCGCGAGAAGGCGCUCAUCAAUGCGGCGAAUACUAUGCGCCAGUCGACUAACAAUCCGGCUGUUCUCUCGCGUCUGGAUGGACAGAUCCGCGAUGGCCGACGAAACAUCGAAUAUUUCGAAGGAACGCUGCGGGAUCUCGAAAUGCGGCGGAUGGGUUCUGACAUGGACAACAUGAGCCUGCAGCCCGGCCAGUCCAGAAAAACUGGAAACAAUCCCAUUACGCCACCGCCAAAAGACGGCUGGGGUGACUACGUGGGACGGGGUCAGGAUCAGGGCGGUCAUGGAGAUGACCAGGCCGGCUACAGCAACCUCGGCGGUGGUAAAGGCCUCAUGCCCCCUCGCGCUCCAUAUGCCGCUUCUGCGCCUGGCGCACAGCAGCCCAAACGCGCCAAUUAUAGCAAACUUGAUUUGAUCAAGUACGACACUCCUCAUCUCGGUCCACGCAUUCAGCUUAUGUUGUCACAACUCGAGUUCAAGCUCAGUGUUGAGAAGCAGUACAAAGAUGGUAUCGAGAAGAUGGUGAAGCUCUACCAAAUGGAGGGCGACCGGAAGAGCAAAGCAGAUGCUGAAGCUAGAAGAAUUGAAAGUAACCAGAAGAUUCAGCUUCUGAAGCAGUCGUUGAAGCGUUACGAGGAUCUACACGUCGAAGUCGAAGGCGGUGAUGGUGGCGAUGAUGACAGUCUCAGCGUACCCAGCCAGAGGAAACCACUAAGUGGUCACUUGUCCCUGCGGGUUCACGCCGUAGCCGACGUCGACCAUGCUGCCACUGGCCGGUUCAGCAGGGGUCCCGAAACCUUCGUCAUUAUGAAGGUCGAAGACAGUUUCAAAGGACGCACCAAGGCAACAAGGACCGAUCGCUGGCAGGACGAAGUCCACGAAUUCGACAUCGAUAAGGCAAACGAAAUAGAAUUGACCGUUUAUGACAAGGCAGGCGACCAUCCUCUACCCAUUGGAAUGCUCUGGAUCCGAAUCUCCGACAUUGCAGAGGAGAUGCGUCGUAAGAAGAUCGAAUCCGAGCUGCAGAACUCCGGCUGGGUGGCAGCAGAUAAGAUGGCUGGCGGUGGUUCCGGCCCUCAACCCGAUUUGCAGUUCCAACCUCCCCCAGGACAGAACUAUGGUGGAGCCGGCGGCCCCUCUGGCGGCGGCAUGCGACCUCCCGGCGCUGGAGGACCUCCUGGAGGCCCACAACCCCAAACGGGUCCGAUUUACAUCGAUGCCUGGUUCUCCUUGGAACCUGUUGGGCGCAUUCAGCUGACCAUGGCCUUCGUCAAGCAUACCAAGAACAAGCAACCAUUCGACCUUGGUCUUGGCCGAAAAGGUGCCAUUCGCCAGAGGAAGGAAGAAAUUCACGAGCAGUAUGGACACAAGUUCGUGCAGCAGCAGUUCUACAAUAUUAUGCGCUGCGCCCUUUGCGGCGAGUUCCUCAAGUAUGCAGCUGGCAUGCAAUGCUCGGACUGCAAGUACACUUGUCAUAAGAAAUGUUAUUCGAAGGUGGUGACAAAAUGUAUAACGCAAUCCAACGCAGAAACGGAUCCAGACGAGGCGAAACUCAACCAUCGCAUUCCUCAUCGUUUCGAGACCUUUUCCAACAUGGGAGCCAACUGGUGCUGCCACUGCGGUUAUGUACUGCCUUUGGGACGGAAACAAGCCAAGAAGUGCAACGAAUGUGGUCUUACUUGUCACGCGGGCUGCGUGCACUUUGUUCCCGAUUUCUGCGGCAUGUCGAUGGAGGUCGCAAAUCAGAUUCUUAUGGAGAUCAAACGAACUAGAAGAGGCCAGUCGGGAACCGGGUCGACGAAGUUGAGUGACCGUAGAUUGAGGCCUGACCAAGGCGGAAAGCCGACACCACCCACUCCUCCCCAGCAGCAGUAUGCUCCUCCACCGGGUCAAGAUCAAAGUGGACAGGCCGAGAGAUAUUCGUAUGGCCAGGACCAAUACCCACCACGCCAAACAUCCUUCCAAGGAUCGCCAACAUCUAUCGAUGCCGCUCGUGCAUCGUACUCAGCAUCAGCACAGCCUCCAGCCCCGACUUCACCGACUUCACAACGAGUCUCGCCAACCCGGACACAAUCGUCUCAGCCAACGCCCGUCGCUGCCGCUGCUGCUGCCAUGCAGAAGACUUCCGCUCCCGGAGGACCUGGAGGAUAUCAACGCACACAGUCCGAUUAUUCGCCAACCGGUUCGAGGAUGUCGGGCGGGUACCCGGAUCAGCAGCCACCACAGCAACAGGCGUACCAGCAGAAGACUUACAAUCCCGCAGAUUUCGCGAACAUUCCCAACUAUAAUGCGUCGCCUCUUCCACAAACUCCUAUGCAGCAAUACCCCCAGAAGCAGUCUGGCCCCCUCCCUCAGCCUCCCCCUCAAAGCCAGCCUCAGCAACAUCAUCACCAGCAGCCGCAAUCGCCUCCUCACCAGCCUGAUCCAAGACAGCAAGCACCUAUCCAGCAAACCCAGCCUGCAUCUGCUAUGACCAAGGCACCCGAGCAUAAGAUCACGCCGCCUGCGAAUACUCAGGGCACUGGAAGGAGGAUCGGCUUGGAUCAUUUCAACUUCCUUGCUGUUCUCGGUAAAGGUAAUUUCGGAAAGGUCAUGUUGGCAGAGACGAAGAGCACCAAGCAGCUAUAUGCUAUCAAGGUCCUGAAGAAGGAGUUCAUCAUCGAGAACGACGAAGUGGAGAGCACAAGAUCAGAAAAGCGUGUGUUUUUGAUUGCGAACAAGGAGCGACAUCCAUUCCUUCUUAACCUGCACGCCUGUUUCCAGACAGAAACCAGAGUCUACUUCGUCAUGGAGUACAUUAGUGGUGGCGAUUUGAUGUUGCACAUUCAGCGUGGUCAAUUCGGCACUAAGCGUGCUCAAUUUUAUGCCGCAGAGGUCUGCCUUGCGCUUAAAUAUUUCCAUGAGAACGGCGUCAUCUACCGUGAUUUGAAGCUAGACAACAUUCUUCUGACUCUUGAUGGACACAUCAAGAUCGCUGAUUACGGUCUUUGUAAAGAAGAGAUGUGGUAUGGAUCUACAACUAGUACUUUCUGUGGUACUCCUGAGUUCAUGGCACCAGAGAUUUUGCUGGAUAAGAAAUACGGUCGCGCUGUCGACUGGUGGGCUUUCGGUGUCCUGAUCUACCAGAUGUUGCUUCAACAAUCGCCAUUCCGUGGUGAGGACGAAGACGAGAUCUACGAUGCGAUUCUCGCGGAUGAGCCGUUGUAUCCGAUCCACAUGCCCAGGGACUCAGUUUCGAUUCUUCAGAAGCUUCUCACCCGCGAGCCUGAGCUUCGUCUGGGAUCAGGACCAACCGACGCACAGGAAAUCAUGAGCCACGCAUUCUUUAGGAACAUUAACUGGGACGAUGUGUAUCAUAAGAGGAUCCCUGCGCCAUUCGUUCCUCAGAUCUCGAGUGCCACGGAUACCAGCAACUUCGAUACCGAGUUCACUAGCGUGACUCCUGUGUUGACACCUGUGCAGUCCGUUCUUUCGCAAGCGAUGCAAGAAGAGUUUAGAGGCUUCUCCUACUCGGCCGAUUUCAACUAG